CUGGUGCUGAAAUCCAGUGCUCGGAGCUCUACUGUCUGGAGGGGGAUGAGAAGAGCCUGGCCGGUUAUGACGGAGGGCAUGCGGAUGAGCAUCAAGGACGGCUGCACUACGUCCUUCUGGCUUGACCGAUGGGUGGAUAGCGGAGAGAUUCUUAUUGACCAUGUCUGCGAGGGAAACACGCCGACAAAUCUGCAAGCCCCUGUAGCGGACUUCGCCACGGCGGAGGGUGGCUGGGAUACUAACUUGCUUCGGCUAUAUCUUCCGGAAAGUGUUGUUUUGCAGGUGCAGGGUAUUCAACCACCAAGGACGGGUGCAGGAGAAGACGUGGCAACCUGGGGGCCUGAGACGAACGGCAAAUUCCGUGUCCGAUCGGCGUAUGACCUGGCGACCAACCAUGACAGCCCGAGGAGGACUUUCGAGUGGAAGGACAUAUGGAAAUGGGAAGGACCAGCUAGAGCACAACACUUCCUUUGGCUUGCGGCGAGGGAGAGACUCAUGACGAAUGCAGAACGUGGAAGGAGACACUUGACGGACCAGAUCAUGUGCCCUCACUGCUUUUCACACCCAGAGACUAUCCUGCAUGUGUUGCGGGACUGUCAAUUUGCCAGGUUAACUUGGAUGCGUUUGCUCCAACCUUCUGACUACCAGCAGUUUUUCGGAUUACCUCUGCAGGAAUGGAUCGCUCGAUACUUGAAGCACGAUCACUACAGCCUCAUGUUUGGCCUCGUUUGCUGGUCCCUGUGGAGGACCAGAAAUGACCGAGUUUUUGCGAAUAAGGUCAUCACGGUUGAAGGCUUUUUUCAGCGCGUCCAUGCAUGGAUAACUGUCGUGAGGAUUGCUUUGGACAAGGACAGGAAAACUCACUAUCCUGAUCCGCCCACAAGAACGGAGGAGUUGAUCGCUUGGACGCCGCCUCCUCCCGAGUGGGUCACUCUCAACUCAGACGGCUCCGUUCUACCUGAGACGGGUCUUGCUGCUGCAGGAGGCCUGAUCAGGGAUCACCUAGGACGCUGCAUGGCAGCGUUUGCUAUGAACCUGGGAAUUUGCUCCAUUACCCGGGCAGAGUUGAGAGGCGCUGUUGAAGGGCUUCAACUGGCUUGGGACAUGGGUUACAGACAUGUCCGCAUGGAGCUUGACUCCCGGUGCGCUAUUCAGCUGAUUCAGGGAGAGGAUACUUCAGACCACCAGCACGCGGCGAUCAUCGACCGUUUCCACGAGCUUCUUCGGCGUGACUGGGACGUUACAGUUUCCCACAUCUAUAGAGAGGGGAACAAGAGCGCCGACUUCCUUGCUUCUAGAGGCCAUCAGUUCGAUGUUGGUUUCCAUUUUGUACCUGUUACUGAUCCUGCUUUAUGGUUCUAUCUCCUGUAUGACAUUGAAGGUUAGGAUGCUUCGCAUCCAUUUAUCAAAAAAAAAAAGUCAUUGCA